UCUUCGUCGUAUUCCCAUAAGGAACGACGACUGACCCCAGCAGCUGAGAACGAGAGAGAGAGAGAGAGACUAGAGAUCUAAGCAGCUGUUUCGUUCUUCGUGUGAUACCUCUCUCUCUCUCUCUCUCUCCGUCGACCGACGCAUUCCGAGCUCCAUACAUUCUCUGAGGAGGAUGCCUCUACUAAAAAAGAAGCCACAUAGACUGCUGGAGCCCCCAAACGGCUUGGAGCCACGAGAUCUUGUUUAUCAAGUUCGUCUCACAAAGGAGAUUUUCCGAGAUUAUCAAUUGUACUUGACGAGGAUUAAUCUGUAUCGCCAGCGAGUUUGGACAUGUAAAUCUACCGGUAAAACUAGCUUGACCUACGGGGAGGCCUUAGAGUCAGAAAAACUGACAAGCAAGAAGGUUCAAACUCCGCCCCGAGAGCUACUGGCACCUGCUUUACGUAUCAUCCAGUUCAGCACACUCUCAUUGAAAGAUCUUGCUGACACAAUAGCGACCAAGCUGCAAAGUUGUUUCUUUACUGGUGCGGAGUUGUAUGCGAACAGGGAUGGCGAAUUGCAUCCAUGCAGAAUCUUGGAGAUGGUAACAGAUGAGGAUGGUGAACCUCAGUAUAAGUUAGGCUUCCUUGACAAAGAUAAGGAAAUAAAUGAGAGCGCAGUGCUGUCUGGGGAGGAUCUUUCAUGGAAGAAAUUUCCAUUUAGUAGAAAUUUUCUCAAGUCUUUCAUUCGGGAGUCCACAUGCCGCAGUAUACCUUGGGUAGUUAAUGAAUAUCUGGCUAAAGCACAUGGAAUCUCUAGAAAGAUUCCCAAGGAACUUCAUGACAAAUAUGUCUUUCAGAAUGGAGAACUGGUUCAGCAAAGGAAGCAGGACGAUAAAACCGGAAGUGAAAACGGAAAAAGAAAGAGAGCAGAAAAUGAAAGUCAUGUUGCAGAGCAGACACAUAGAGAUGUUAAUGAGUCAGAGAAAGAGUCUAUCAUAUAUCCAAUUGAAGAUUUACUGUUGCCACCUGAUCGUGAUGAUGCUGAUAUCACUAAGCGUCCUCGGCUUUCACGGGAUUUUAAUGUUUCUAUGGAUUGUGCUGGGGAUCUUCUUAUGGUCUGGGACUUUUGUUCCUCGUUUGGUCGGCAGCUGCAUCUAUGGCGAUUUUCUCUUGAGGACUUUGAAAAUGCUCUUUGCCACAAGGAGAGUAAUUCGGUUCUGAUUAUGGAAGUGCAUGCCUGUCUUUUCCGAUUCCUCAUCAAUGAAGACGGUGAUAAAUUCAAAGCUUUAAAGAGAAGGAGUCGCAAGUCAAAGAUAACAUUGAUCACUUGGACAGAGUAUCUAUGUGACUUCUUGGAAUCAGUUGACACUCCUGAUUUGUGCUUUGACAUUGGAACAAUCAAACGGGGACAUUAUGGUCUACUGGACCCCAAUGUAAAAUUGAAAAUCCUAAGGGAGUUAGUGAACCAUAUAGCUGAAACAGUUGCGUUCAAGGGGGAAAUAGACAAGCUUGUUGAACAACGGCAUAUCCUUGGAGCUGCUAGAAGGGAAGAAGCAUUGGCGGAAGCCCGAAUGAAAAGAGAGGAGAAAGAAGGCUCCAAAACUGGCGAGGAAUCUGAUGGAGUUUUAGAUAACAGCAGGUUAGAGAACAAGAAAAAUAGCCCACAAAUAACGGAAAGCAGCAGAAAGAAAGAGAGCUUUGCGUGGGAAAUCAAGAUGGAAAAUGGGUCUGUUUCUUCGAAAAGAAAUGAAAUAUCAGAGAAAAGGCUUAUGGGGAAUGUCUAUCUGAGAAAGCACAAACGGCAGAAGACGGAUACAAAAAUCACAUCAAAGGAGGAGGAAGAAGAGGUGAAAGAAAUUUCGGGGAAGAAGCAGGGUGGAAAAUCUUCAAGUGAAGAUGAGAAGGGAACAUUGGAAAGGAGGGGACCUGAACAGAGGAGGCAACAUUAUGAAGGAGAGAUGGAGAAAAUAGUCAUACGUACAAACCCAUUGGGUAAAGAUCGGAACUACAACAGGUACUGGUGGUUCCGAAGCGAUGGGAGGAUAUUUGUUGAGGAUUCUGAUUGCAAAGAAUGGGGCUAUUAUACCUCCAAGGAAGAGCUCGAUGCAUUGAUGCGAUCACUAAACCGUAAAGGAGAGAGGGAACUGUCAUUACAUAUGCAGCUAGAGAAAUUCUAUGACAGAAUAUGCUCUACACUACAAAAGAGGACGAAGGACAUUGCUGAGGACAUAGAAAUGGAAGAAGCAGUGGUUAGGAGAUCUACCCGUGUAAGAGCUCUACUUCAUGAAAAUCCAGCUAGUGCCUUCAUGCGAUAUGUUAACAAGUGGAAAGAGGAGUAAACAUUAGCAGAAUUAGAUUCUGAUAUUAGAAAAGCUUUUGUAGUUGCAGCCAUAGACGGAAUAGUUCCGGAUUGAACAUUUUGUAGGAAAAAAUUAUUGCCAUUGAACAAGCAAAAAGCAAAUGCUUAACAGAGAGAUCAUUUUUCUUA